CUGCAGAAACACCAACACGAAUAGAAUCCAAUUCAAACAACCAAGUCGUGGAGGAAGAAGAUGCCACAUCUCCUGCAAAUGCUGGAACUGAAACUAAAUCAAUUCUUCUUGAUCCCUUUGGAAUCAUUGUCCUUCAAAUAUUUACUACUUGCGGCCAUUUUCCUCAUUCUCUUAUACAGAUGGUCCUCUGAUAGAAACUCAUCUGUACCACCUUCUCCACCAAAACUACCCAUCAUUGGAAAUCUUCACCAAGUGGGGUUGCUCCCUCAUCGCUCACUUCAAACCUUAUCUCAACGCCAUGGGCCUGUCAUGCUGCUCCGUUUCGGAAGCAGGCCAGUCCUUGUCAUCUCGUCAGCUGAGGCUGCCUCCCAGAUCUUCAAAACCCAUGACUUAAUAUUCUCCGACAGACCCAAGUUCAUCUUCUUUGAAAAGGUUACCUACAACUACAAGGACAUUGUAACGGCCCCUUAUGGUGAGUACUGGAGGCAGCUCAGAAGUAUAUGUGUCUUAAAUCUUUUGAGCAACAAAAGGGUUCGUUCUUUUCGUGCUGUAAGACAAGAGGAAACAAGAUUGAUGAUAAGCAACAUACUACAGUCCUGUAGUACUAUAUCAUCUUCCUCCUCCUCAUCCUCACCGGUUUUGAAUCUAAGCGACAUCUUUAUGAAGCUGAGUAAUGAUGUCAUAUGCAGAGUUGCUAUGGGGAGGAAGUACAGCGAUCUCGGGGAAGAUGGAGGGAAGAUGUUCAUGAAGAUUGCUGGAGAUUUGACAGAGUUCUUCACACGUGUUAAUAUUGGUGACUAUAUUCCAUGGCUUGCUUGGUUCACUCGCCUCAGUGGGUUUGACGCUGAAUUAGAUGACCUGGCUAAACGAGCGGAUGCGUUUUUCGAUAUGGUUAUUCAAGAGCAUAUUGAUAAAUCAAAGAGUGGAAUUGAUGGUAUGAAUGACAGUGAAGACCAGAAGGAUUUUGUGGACGUUUUGCUUGCGGUUCAGAAAGAAAAUGCAGUUGGUGUCCCUAUUGAUCGAGUUGGCAUAAAGGCAAUCAUCCUGGAUAUGUUUACCGGUGGUAGUGAUACCACAUUUACAACCUUAGAGUGGUUGAUGUCUGAGCUUAUGAAGAAUCCAAGGGUGAUGAAAAAAUUGCAGAAUGAGGUGAGGGGAGUAGUUGGAAACAAAGAGGAUAUAACAGAGGAUGAUUUGGUUCGAAUGCACUACUUGAAGGCAGUGAUCAAAGAGACUUUUCGCUUACACCCUCCAUUUCCAUUACUUAUUCCCAGGAUGUCCAACCAAAAUGUGAAAAUCAACGGUUACAACAUUAAGGCUAACACACAAGUUAUGGUGAAUGCAUGGGCGAUAGGAAGAGAUCCCAAGUCAUAUACAAAUGCCGAGCAGUAUGAGCCAGAAAGAUUCUUGAACAGUGCCAUAGAUUUUAAAGGGAAUGACUUCGAAUUAAUUCCAUUUGGUUCUGGUAGACGAGGAUGCCCAGGAAUGCAUUUUGCCAUGGUUGGGGUAGAGAUUGUUCUGGCAAAUAUUGUUCACAAGUUUGAUUGGAUAUUGCCGGAUGGUGCAAGGGCGGAGGACUUAGACAUGAGUGAAUCCACUGGCAUAACCGCACAUAGAAAAUAUCCUCUCAAAGCGGUUGCCAAACCAUAUACUUCUUGCUUCUGAGUUGCUACUCCAUCCUCUCUUUAGAACUUUUCUUGUACCAAAACCUGUUUUAUCACCUUCUAUUAAAAGAAAAAUGAUCAUAACAAUUCACAGCGGAUGCAUGAUCAUGCAUGUGAUAAACAAACUACCCUGUUUAGGUGUACCUUUAUAUGUUUGUCAAGGAAAUAUAUAUUCUGAAUAAUGUGCAGACUCUGUUAUAUUUCUUUCACAUCAAAA